AUGGAUAAGCCCAAGGAAACAGACACUGAACGCAUCGAAAAGGCGAUCACAAUCGAUGAGACGAUCGACACAGCCCUGGACAAGCGUCUGAAUCGCAAAUUUGACUUUCGUAUUCUGCCUUGGUUGUUCGGGAUAUGGCUCUUCUCGUUCAUAGACCGCAGCAACAUCGGCAACGCAAGAAUAGCCGGCCUGUCCGAUGAACUUUCCAUCACAACUGGUACACGGUUUAACAUCGCCCUCCUCGUCUUCUACAUCCCGUACAUCCUGGUCGACGUACCGUCUAACCUACUCGUUAAGCGUUUGCGCGCCGGGAUAUACCUACCAGCUCUGAUCACGGCAUGGGGUCUAGUGUGUACGUUCAUGGGCUUCGUGCAGUCAUUUGCAGGGCUGGUGGCAUGUAGACUGUUGCUGGGAUUAUGUGAAGGAGGCAUUCUCGGUGGCGUGAUCAUCUACCUUGCGAUGUUCUAUAGGCGAGGCGAGAUGCUGCUGAGAAGCGGUCUCUUUUAUUGCGCCGCGCCUCUAUCGGGGGCUUUUGGUGGGCUACUCGCUUCGGGACUGGCAACCAUCGAGGUUGGGGGGUAUCGAAGAUGGCCCUGGAUCUUCUUUAUUGAGGGCGCAAUCACUGUUGUGUUCGGCAUCGUAUGCUUCUUCUUCAUGCCGGAUACCCCUGCCGCAGCAGCAUUCUUGAGUGACGAAGAAAAGGAGUGGGCAUUGCGACGCAUGCGACUUGAUGCAGGAGGAUCCACCGAAGUUGAUGUCGACGAUGAGAAGUUCAGUUGGUAUUGGGUCAAGAUGGCACUCAAAGCCCCGCAGACGUACCUUUCUGCUUUCAUCUGGUUCUUCUUGUUGGUGCCGCUCUAUAGCUUUUCGCUGUUCCUUCCUAGUAUCAUUGCCGGCAUGGGCUAUCAAAGCACCACCGCGCAGCUCUUUACGGUACCACCUAACAUGGCUGCUUUCAUCACGGAGGCUGCGUGA